AGAAAGACAUGUGUGUGAUGGUUUGUGAGUGAAAUUCGUGCGUGCCCCGUGUGCAGUGCAGCCAAGACGUGGUGAGGCGAUUUGUCGUUCGUGGAGAAACAAAAAUGGCUCUACAAGAUAGCCACAAAUUAACAAAAAUGGACCCAAAUCAAUAAGGAAAAUCAACACCAAAUAGACACACAACACGCAUACAACCGAAAACAACCUAUCUCUCUCUCUCUCUUAAUGCAAAAAUGGACUAAGAAUCGUCAAAUAUCAUCACACAAAUUACACAUUUUAAUCUUUUAAGACAACCAAACAACACUAAGAAUUCACACAAGAAAAAAAAAUAAGCUGAACGGAUAAAAAAAAAUUAUUUUCAUCGAAUAAAAAUCAUCAUCAUUUUAACUCCUUUUGCUGCAACAUCUCUUAAAAAUACAACUUUUGGGGGCUCUUUGAGUUGGCAUUUUGUGGUGCAAAAUAAAAAGAAAUUAAAGAAGAAUAAAAAAUCUCGAGAAGAAGCAGAGUGCGAAAAAUUCUCAAUAUUGCCCAAAGAAAAAAAUCUCUUGGAGGACAACACAACAAAGAGAAUUCUCCAGACACAAAACGACGUGUGUCUGAGAAAUUCUUUCUGCAUAGAGUCAUAGAUUUAUCAGCGAGGGCUUCUCUCGCUCUCUUUGCAUUUUGGGGCAACGUGUGUACACACACAUUAGCUUUUGGGAAGGAAAAAAAAAGGGCAAGUACAACGACCAAAAGUUAGUUUGUUGAAGCUCUUGUAACGCAUCAGACCAACAAUCCCAAAAAGGGAAGACAAUUCACUUCUGCUUACUUGUCUUCUUCACAUCUCUGUUAAUCAACUGAAGGAAGAACUUUCAGUGUUGAAGCGUGAAGAUUUUUUGAGUUGUUAUUGAACUUUUUUCAUCACCAAAGGAUUUUUUUUGUUGUAAAAAAAGAAAUCAAAGAAAUCAACAAAAGUGUGGGUGUCUCAAUAAAACAAGGAUUCAGAGGAUUUCCAGGAGGAAAGAAUAAUAAAAAAAAAUAUUUGUUGAAAGUGAAAAUGCCCUCAGAGAUGUUAGAAAGAAAAAUUAAGAUGAUGAAUUUCUGUGAAUUUGCACACGAUGAGUAGGGAUACGUGGUUUGAGGGUGGAACACAUUGCGGGGGUUGCUAUCAACUCACCACCAUUUGCCACAUUUUGUGCCAGUACCACCCAUCUGGCCGGCAUCAGCGGACGCCUUCUCAGCACCACACCGACUCAGUCGAGUGGCAAUUUGGGAAGAUCACGACACGUGAAUGACAUUCUAUUCAGUAAUUAAGGAAUGAAGUAUCCCCAGCUUGUGUCUGCUCGUGCGGUUAACGCAAUUUCCGAUUGGCUCAUAUCGCGACUGGAGGAUUUGGGUGUUGAUGCACCAGUUGUCUAUUCACGCUUGCUCCUAUCGCUGCUUCAUACGCCAUUGCAAGUGAAUGCCUUGGAUUUGGCCGAAAUUCCCCAGCUCAAGGGGUGGUUUGCUAGAAAAAAUCGUCGUCUAACACCAUCCGAUGCAGAAGCUCUAAAGAAGUUUGCUGCCGUUGAAAGUUUAAUGGAGGUUGCUGAAUCUGAUCAACAGAAAUCAAAUGUUGAGGAUUUGGUGAAUGAACUUUGUAAGCGACUUCGUGAAAUUGAGAAUAAUUCAUCGGACUACGAGGAAAGUGUUGAGAUGGAGGCCAAAACGAUAAAUGAAUCGACAACAAAGGCAGAAGAUCCUACCAAGAGGUACUACCGGGCUUUUCCGGCACUCUCAAAUCGUCCAUUCGGCGAGGAAGGUGGUGCUGCAGAAACCUCGUCGGCACUAUCAUCCGCAUUGACAUGGCCCAAUGAGAUGGGAUGUGGCGGAAUUGGGGGUGAAGAAGACAGUGUUGGGGUACAACAAGGGGGUGCUGUGUGUGACGAUGGAGAUGGGGGUGUCACCAGCAGGGCAAACAACAAUGGGGGUGUAGCUGCAGCCGCUGGGGUGAAGCGCAAAACUAAAAGGCGACGCAAUAAUGGUGAGUUUAUAAACUUCUUAUAAAUACGCUAUCAACGCCUCCCUCUCUCUCUCUCUCUCCCACACUGAUAAGGAGAGUUCAGUGCUUUUUUUUCUUCUAUUCUAUUGUAUAUGUGUUUAUUACACGGAAGUUCUCACAGGGCGCCCUUGAGAUGUCGAUGACGCCACACAAAGAGAGCUUAAUUUUUUUUGUGUGUGUGGUUUACGAGGGAGGGCCACCUUAAAAACUCAAAAAAAAGACAUUGCUCACAGUUAUUAUUAUUUACUCAAUUGUCUCACAAAUGAUUGUGGAUUCGCUCACAAAAGUUUCAAGAAAGAAAAAAAAACGUUUUAAACUUUACUGGGAAGUUUGUGAAUUAAAAUGAGAGGGGGAGGGUUAAAGUUUUAAAUGUUCGUGCUUUCUCAUUAAAGAAUCAAUAUCCUAAAGAAAAGAAUAAAAUUAAGAGGUGAGGAUUUCAUUUCAAGGAGAGACUUGAUAAAGUUAUCACGAUUGAAUGAGACGUUAAAAUUUUUUUGAAAUAAAAAAAACUAUUUUUUUCAAGUUGAAAUAUAAAUGAAUAAGAAGAAGAA